AUGGCAGAUGAAUUUGAGUUACCUGAAACCAUAAUCCAUCACAUUCAAUCCCUUCUCACCCCAAGACAAGCUGGUCGCACGAGUAUUUUAUCGAAAUCCUGGCACGCAGCCUGGUUAACUCGCCCGAACCUCGAGUUCGACCAAAGAGAUUUCACCGUUGGAUUCUUCGACCCUGAGAAGUUAUCCGAAUUUGCGAUGACUUUUCAGAGGCACGUUAAAUCAAACCUAAAGAUUGAGAGUUUGAGGUUAAAGCUAGACUGUAGUGGAACGCGUGAGAUUGUCGAUCCCUUUGGCCUUACUGACGAGAUUAUUGUGAAAGCUUUAAGAUUGGGCGCCACUCGUCUUGAUUUAUGCCUCACAAGAAGGUUGACAAGUGCGGGUGAUAGGGAACACAUUUUACCACGCCAAGUUUUGGAAGCGGAAAACCAUGUCGGGUUAGCUGUGGCAGGGUACAAGAUUUACGAUCAUUUGCUCGAUGAUCAAACAUCGGUAAGAUGUUCGAAGCUCGAAUCCCUUAGUUUAAAGGACGUGCAAAUUAAACGAGAUCUCUUCUCCUGCAUAGCUUCGACCUGCCCCUUGAUUAAAAAUUUGUCCCUGUCCAAUAUUUGGGAUCCUAAACCGGGCGUUGAUUCUGUUUGUGGUCGCCUAACCACCAAUCUUCCUAUGCUGGCUUCUCUUGUGCUUCGUGAUGUGAAAGUGGAUGUCUUGUUUUUGGGUGAUUUGUCGUCUAAAUUUCCUAAUCUCAAGGAUUUAACCUUGCAACUACACAACUUUGAUAAAGAAAUGCGAAUCUCUAGCUGCUCGCUCGAGCAUCUGAGCUUGAACUGCAGACACCAUGGGAAUCCGCAGAUCGUGCUCGAUUAUGUCCCCAGAAUUCAGGGAUUAGAAGGUUUCCAGUGCAGACACCAAGUGGAGCAUUUGACGGUGGAGACGGGCCGCCAUAUACCGUCUUUAACUAGUUUUGCCUUUUUCGAUGGUUUGUUCCGUAUAUGUCGUCCGAAAUUGGUAACUCAGCACAAUUUGAACAAUGAUUUUAUCUCCAAGAUUCUCCAACAAGGAAACCAGGAGAAAUUCUCAUGCCCAUGCAAUCGUCCGAAGAUGGUCACUGAUCAGCAUCCCGUUUCUGAAUUUCACAAUUCGAACAAUGAUUCGUUUCUCUCCAAGAUUCUCCAACAAGGAACCAAACGGAAAUUCUUGUGCCCAUGCAAUUUCUUGUACGGUCUGCAUGAUCUCGAGGAAGUUCACGUUCAGCCUGUUGAUGAGGUCGAUGCUGUGUGGAGGCUACUAACACAGGAAUCGUGGUCAAAUAUUCAUCCUGACAAGAAGCAGAAAGUUCGGUUCUAUUUGAAAUGGAGGCCUUUACCCCAGUGUGCAUCUGAAUAUGUUAUGAGGAGCUACCAAGUUUUGUUGGUUUUUCUUACUUUUCUUUUUAGCAGUUUAGAGUGUGAGUGA